AUGAGAUCGAGAGCUAAGGGGGAUGAUAAGGAUAUUGGUGGCCUCAAAUUGAGAGAAUGGGUAUAUCUACUCAUAAGGGCAUUGUGGCAAUUAUGCCCUCGUGAAGGUGCAGCUGCCAUUACAGUUCCACCUUCUUUAGCCUUGCCUGGUUGCCCUGUGGAAUGUGGAAAUAUAACCAUACCUUACCCAUUUGGGGUUAGAGAAGGAUGUUUCAAAAAUGAUAAUUAUCUUAUAACUUGCGAGGCCAGGAAGAGCAGCAGCGUAAGGGCUUACCAAGGAACUGGAGUCAUUGAGGUCCUAGAGAUGUCACUUGAUGGAUCAGUUAAAUUCCAUAGUCCAUUUCAUGCUACUCAGUGUUUCACUUCAACUGGAACUCAAACAAUUGGGCUAAGCUACUCAUUGGAUGUGCGAGCUUCACCUUUCAGGUUCUCAGCAACCCGAAACAAGUUUACAGGGAUUGGAUGCGAUACCAUUGCCGACAUAAGUGAGUCUCAGGAUCAAAACUUCAUGAGUGGUUGCGUUUCGGUGUGCAAUGACUUGAAGAGUGUGAGGAAUGGGUCUUGCACUGGAAUCGGUUGUUGCCAGACUUCAAUCCCUUUCAAUCUCAAACGUUUCCAAGUUCAACUUGUGAGUAUACAUAACCACACCAGGAUCUUGGGGUCCAGCCCUUGCAGCUAUGCUUUCUUGGCUGAUCAAGACUGGUUCACCUUCAAAUUAUCAGAUUUCUCGACAAAUAGCUUUGCCAAUUCGAUUAUUCCGGUGGUGAUGGAUUGGGCGAUUGGGAAUCAAACAUGCGAAGAAGCAGUUCUAGAUACACAAUCGUAUGCUUGUGGUCCAAAUAGCUAUUGCUCUAAUUCCACUAAUGGCCCUGGCUAUCGAUGUUACUGCAAAGAUGGUUUCGAUGGGAACCCUUAUCUCCCUCAAGGAUGCCAAGAUAUAAAUGAAUGUGAGAAGGGAUACAAUAAUUCUUGCUAUGAGAAUGCUAUUUGCACCAACACUUAUGGGAGUUACAACUGCUCUUGUCCACAAGGCUACCAUGGCGAUGGCUGGGUAAAUAAGGCUCGUUGCACCCGCAAUAAGAAAUCUCUUCCAUUGAUAAGCAUUAUUGUAGGAAUUGGUCUAGGCAUUAUAUUUCUACUGGUCUGCAUUUAUUUUUCAUAUUGGGCAAUCAAGAGAAGAAGACUUAUCAAACUCAGAGAAAAAUACUUCCAACAAAAUGGGGGUUUGCUAUUGCAACAACAAAUAGCUUUACAUGAAGGUGUUGCAGAAAUUGCCAAGAUUUUCACUGAAGAAGAGCUAAAAAAGGCUACCAACAACUUCCAUGAGAGUCGAAUACUUGGAGAAGGAGGGCAUGGUACAGUUUUCAAAGGAAUAUUAUUGAGUGGCAAAGAAGUGGCAAUUAAGAAAUCCAAAAUAAUGGAUCAAGGUCAGAUUAUAGAGUUCAUAAAUGAGAUAGAUAUACUUUCCCAAAUCAAUCAUAGAAAUGUGGUAAAGAUCUUGGGAUGUUGUUUAGAGACAGAGGUUCCAUUGUUAGUUUAUGAGUUCAUCUCCCAUGGAACCCUCUCUCAACAUAUCCAUAACAAGAAUAUUGCAGCUUAUAUUUCAUGGGGAAACCGUCUAAGAAUUGCUACUGAAACAGCUGGAGCACUAGCGUAUUUGCACUCUGCUCAUUCAAUACCCAUCCUUCAUAGGGAUGUCAAGUCUUGCAAUGUACUACUAGAUGAUACUUACACAGCGAAAGUCUCUGAUUUCGGGGCUUCAAGAUUGGUUCCUUUGGAUCAAACUCAAAUGACGACAUUAGUUCAAGGGACCUUAGGAUACUUAGACCCGGAAUGCUUUCAAACAGGUCAACUGACUGACAAAAGUGAUGUUUAUAGCUUUGGUGUUGUUUUUGCAGAGCUCUUGACAGGGCAAAAGGCACUUCUACCUGAAGAAUUUGGAGAAUGUAGAAGCCUAGCAAUGUAUUUUGUUACUUCAAUGAAAGAUAACAAACUUCUUCAAUUUCUUGAUGUCCGAAUGGUAAAUGAGAGAAAUAGAGAGAAAAUUUUGGAAGUUGCUGAGCUUGUAAGACGAUGCUUAAAUGUUAAAGGGGAAGAUAGACCAACAAUGAAAGAAUUUGCAACAGAGCUUGAAUCUUUGAGAAUGUUCUUUGAACAUACCUCGCCAAAACAUUAUUAUGAGGAAACUGAACGCUUCACCGAUGAACCAUCAACAAGUUCUACCGUCAAUGCAACCACUCAAGAAAAUUUGGAGGAUAAUUCUCCUAUUAAUGCAAGUUGUCAAGGGCGCCUGGGGGAUAGUGUUAUGCUAUCAUUACAAAUCGGUCGUUGA